ACACACACGAGCCAAUCAGGCGCUCAAUAACAGCCUACACGUCUGCUGAGCGAGCGCGCGGAGCGGAGAAGCGCCUGGCAGAGCGGAGCUGAGCGCGAGGAGCCAAACCGCUGCCUGUCAUUAGCUGAGAGUGUGACAGAGGAGUGACAGAGCACAGAGAGGGAGGGAGGAGGAGGAGGAGGAGGAGUGAACGGUCCCGGUUCAAACACACACACCGGCCUGAGAAGAGAAGGAGGAGAAGGAGAGGAAGAAGAAGGAGAAGAAGAAGGAGAAGAAGAAGAAGAAGAGGAGAGCGCACCGGACCCCGAGAGUGUGUGAAGGAGAGUGGGAGAGAGUGGGAGACUGACAGGCGUUACCGAGACGAGACGAGCCGAAGCGUCGACAUGAGCGGUCAGUUUGAGGAAGACCUCCACGACAGGGGCGAGAGGAAGAGCAGUAAAUCCCCGACGCUGCUCUCCUCUUACUGCAUAGACAGCAUUCUGGGCCGCCGGAGCCCCUGUAAGGUCCGGCUGAUAGGGGCGCAAAGUUUGACGGGUCUGCCCGGCAGAGGGGAGCUCGACAAGACGGCUGACAGGCCAACCAAAGACCCCCUUUCUCUCGCCGCUGACAUGCACCUGCCUCCCAAGCUCCGCCGCCUGUACGGCCCCGGGGGGAAGUACCUCCACGACCACGCAGAGACACUCGACAGGGAGCGGCUCCUCCUGGAGCAAGCCAGCGACAGCCUCAAGAUCAGCCAGGCGCCGCAGGUGAGCAUCAGCCGCAGCAAGUCCUACCGGGAGAACGCGUCGCUGAGCCGGGGAGAGGGCGACCAGAGUCCCGGGGAGGGCUCGGAGGACGGCAGCCUGGGGCUGGUGGAGCUCGGCCCGCUCAAGUUCGAGGAGGACGCGGGGAAAGAGGAGGAGGGCUGCGGGGACGCGGCGGCGCUGUCCCCGAAGGACGAGGAGAGGGAGAGCUUGAACGCCGGGGAUGGGGACGUGAGGGACGGGGAGGACAGCGUGUGUCUGUCGGCGGGCAGUGACUCGGAGGAAGGGAUGCUGAAAAGGAAGCAGAGAAGAUACAGGACUACCUUCACCAGUUACCAGCUGGAGGAGCUGGAGAGAGCUUUCCAGAAGACACACUACCCCGACGUCUUCACCAGAGAAGAGCUCGCAAUGCGCCUGGAUCUCACCGAGGCCCGUGUGCAAGUGUGGUUUCAGAACCGCAGAGCCAAGUGGAGGAAGCGUGAGAAGGCCGGGGUGCAGGCCCACCCGUCAGGCCUGCCGUUCCCAGGCCCCCUGGCAGCGGGCCACCCUCUCAGCCACUACCUGGAGGGAGGGCCCUUCCCUCCCCACCACCACCCUGCCCUGGAGUCGGCGUGGACGGCUGCUGCAGCUGCGGCCGCCGCGUUCCCCGGCCUGGCCCCACCGCCGCACAACGGCUCCGCUCCGCCCCUGGCGACCCCGCUCGGCCUGGGCACCUUUCUGGGCACAGCUGCCAUGUUUCGCCACCCUGCCUUCAUUGGACCCACUUUUGGCAGGCUCUUCUCCAGUAUGGGUCCCCUGUCCAGUGCUUCCACCGCUGCAGCCCUCCUCCGUCAGCCCGCCCCCCCUGUAGAGAACCCCUCCCACGCGGGCCCCGUCCUCCCCGACCCUUCCUCCUCCUCGUCCUCCCCCUCUUCCGCGGCCGCAGCGGACCGCAGGGCCUCCAGUAUCGCCGCGUUGCGCCUCAAGGCCAAGGAACACUCGGCUCAGCUCACCCAGCUUAACAUCCUGCCCGCCGGAGCCGCAGGGAAGGAGGUGUGCUGAACACUCAACACCAGCUCUAGGCCUCCCUGUCCCGGGCUUACGUCCCAUUCCAUCACACACACCCCCACCCACGUCCCCCCUCUCCAAAAACCCAUUCAUACCUCUGGAGGCUGAUGUCCUGACGUCCCCUUGUUCAACCACCCCUGUUACCUCAUGUUUCCCCAACAAAAUAGCACGACCAAAUUCAAAAGAGCACAGGCUAAAAGACAGAGUGUGUGUGUGUGUGUGUGUGUCUGGUGAUGACAGCUAUCGUAAUUUUGUUUUACACUCCAUACACACACCUCUCUGAAUGACACCUCAGUAACUUGAAGAACAAUUACAAUAUUUUAUGACACAGCUAAAAAGAUUUUCCUAAUAUUACUUCACACUACAUAUAAUCCACAUCUUUUUUUGAUGGUGUGCCGCAUGAAUUUAAAAAAGUAUACUUUCCUAAAGCACAAAUUUGGAGUACUUGUACUUUAGUAUUUCCAUGUGAUGCUACGUUAUACUUUACAUUUAAUUUAUUCUACACCUCAUUUAUUUAGCAAUAAUUAGCUACUUUAAAAAUUAGGAUUUUACACACUAAACACAUGAAUUUAUAAAAUAUUAAGCACUGUAACUGCUGCCCAAAAAUACACCUACAACUACUUACACAUUAAAGCAUCAGCUAUAAUAAUUCAGUAAUGUAAAAUACAGCUGUAUCGCUCACAGGGGCCAUUUUUCUGCGCUCUUAAAGUACAUUUUGCUCAAUUUCUUUUGUACUUUUACUCAAGUAACAGGACUUAACUUGUGAGAGGGUGUAUGUUUUGCCCAAGGAAAUGAUCUGUCAUCGCACACACACACACACACGCACACACACACACACACACACACAGAAAGAGCUGAAGAACCACAGGGGAACCCAGACUUGUAGAAAGGAUUCCUGUGCUACUUCAAAUGUGGAUAACUCGAGUGCUCGACAUUAACACUGCUUAAUCUGUAUGCAUUGAUGUGGGCUGAGCCGGUCUGCGUCUAUAAUAAAGGCGAGUUGGAGGAGGUCCCCCCGCACCCCACCCACCUACACCCCCCCAGAACCAAAGGAAAACUGUCCAUAGACCUUCCAUAGCCUUCUCUACAAGCCUGACUCCUCUCCGCUGCUCGCCUGUCCACCAGUCACACUCAGCAGCACCACUGUGCAUAAAUACCUUUUAAAUCUCUGACUCAAACCAGAGUUAUUCGAGGUCGUUUCCCAGCAUCAGAUUUCUGUAAAUUUGCUGCAAUUUGAGAUUUUUUUUUUCUCUCCCCCCACCUCAACCCCUCUCUUUGAUUAUCACAGCAGUGGCACUUUCCGCUGAGUCUGACUCCAGGACACGCGAGCAAAAGUUGAGACCUGACAAACUGUACAUAUUGUGUAAAAAAAAAAAAAGGGGGGAGAAAAAAAGUACCACAAAAAAGGAUGAUUUUCAAAACAAGGUCGUGUAUAUUUCAGGAGACCGUGUUUUGAUAAUUUGCACUCCGUGUAGUGUUUAAUGAAUGUCGCCCUGUGUAGAAUUUCACCUGUGUUUAUGAAUUAUUAGGAUUUUUAGAUCAUUAUUUAUGUCAAAACUUUUCCCCCCCGAGGAACCGAGUGAAGGAGAUUUUGUUUUCUUAUUAAGUGAUUGUAAGUUUCCUGGUUUAAUAAUUGCUAAUUUGAAUAAAUUACACUGGUAAAAUGAGUUAUCUUUUAUUAUUUCAAAUUCCUUUAGAGCUGACAUAGGCCUAAACCAGGAAAAAAAUAAACAAUGUGAAAUAGAAUAUUAUAGAACUAUUAAUAAAAGGUGUUAUGAAGAAAAUGUGUUUGCUGUCUUACAUUGAAGAAUAAUUCUGCAGAAUGUAAAUUCUUACAUAAAUAAGUGUUUUUAAUACUAUAAAUAAUUGUAAUAUUAACUGAAUAGUGCACUGGAAUGUAAAAUAAAUGCAUCAGACUGCAGUAGCAAGUUGUCUGGUGGUAAAAAAGCCUGCUGGGAAGGAUGAAAACAUUCCCCAAAGAGGAAUUUAUCGCUGCAGAGAGCAGAGAUGGAGGCGUACUGCUCCACCUGAAUAAGAGAAAAUGCGUUAGGUGUAUAAUCCAGCGCGCUGCGUGCGUCUAUCCUCUUCAGCCGAGUUGACAAAAUACUGACCAUAUAUUCAUGAGCUUAAUCCCCAACAUGUGAAACGCGCGACAAAGGCGAGGGGUUUUCAAUUAGAUCGCCCACUUUAUGUGGGGGGGCCCGUCACAAAACUUCCUUUAAACCCCUUUAAAGGCGCUAAAUUGGUCUUAACAUCUGUAAUGCCGUGUCGAUGGAAGCGGGUCCCUUUUGUCAUUAAUGAAGUAACAAACCACUUCAUCAAACGGCUUUCACACACACACCUCGUAGAGUUAAUUCCCCCAAAUCCACCCCCUCCACCGUGCAUUGGAUCCCACAACUAUUGCAGCACCAUUACAGCAAUCAAUGGUUAUUCUCCUCCGUUUGACCCAUCCAUGGUGCCCGAGCACACCGCGUGAAAUUGCGGAUUAAUGUAGUCCCUCUUUUUAUUGUGUGCAUCUGUGAAAACCCUCUUCUUAUUCCUUCCUUCAGGUCUUGCAGGUCCUACACCUGUUAAUCACCCAAUUUAGUCCAAACAAGCAGGAAUUAGACGCGAUAAGAGACCGAUGGAAGAAUAUUCCUGCGCAUUUACGCGCACAAAGUCACGCAGCUGCUCCUUGGUGCAUAAUGCAAAAAAAAAAAAAAAGCAGGGGAAAAAAGAGAAAAGAUAAAAACCAAUUUUCUCCUGUGCGCCCAAACCAUCUACGAUGUGUGAGCUCCAUGUUUUUUAAAAUUCCCAUUCUUUUGCUCAAGCCCAGUGGAGCGUGUGUGUUUUUUCCCCCUCUGUAUGGCCCUAUAGGGUUUUGAUGAGAUUGUCCGGGGGAGUUUUAAUCUUAUUGUGAAUAUAACUAAUGAAUGGCAAACCAAUUUGUCCCUAAUAUCUGGGGAAUGCCGGGAGGCGGAUGACCUGCUGGGAGCGAGGCUUAAACUUUCUUUGCAGCGCAAAAAGGCGAGAAAAUUGAAAUGCUGUCGCAGGGCAGUGGCUCUGGAUUUAUAAAGUCACACUUGUUGGAUGUGUGCUCUUUCAUUCAAAGACAGGCCUGCACUUGGGAUUAGACCACGAGGCUUCUUAUUGCAUGAAUGAUCAUGAUAAUGAAUGUUGAUAUAUUAAAAAAAGAGGUGAAUACAGUCCAAUCAUGCGGUGUUUUCUUGCAAAUUGCCUGCACAGAUGAAGAAGGAAAUCUACAUGAUUUGGUGGAUUGUGUCAACGCGCUGGGCCUUAAUGCUGCCCCCGCCUCUCCCAGGUUAAUCCAGGUGUCCAGAAAAGUGCAAGUCGUGCCUAUUUUCAUCACCGCCCCGCUCCUUUCUCCUUCCCCCAGCUGUUGGACUUGAUUUGGCCCGUGAUUUGGAUUCUCCCGGGCCUCGUUUCUCCCACCACGACCCUGCCUGAGAGAAUAGGCCCAAUCACUCCACAGCCUCAGCCGGAUCAGUCCUCACUCAGUCCCCGGGAGAGGAGCUCUAAAAGGCGCUUUGAUGA